AUGACCUUAGAGCAAGGGCAACGGCGUGUUAAUAGACCGUCUCCCCGUCUCGGUUGUGGAGAGAAGGCGAGUAGAAGGGCGAUCUCCGUCGAUAGCGAGCUUCCGUGGGUGGUGAGUCGAAAUCGUGUUCCUCACCGUCAGCUUGAUAACCAAAACCAACAAAACUCUAAUGAGAGUUUCCCUCCAGAAGCCUACAAUCUUGCAUCUGAAGGACCUGCUUGGAGCUCACAACCAUCAAUAGGCACACCAUCUGAUGGCACACCUACUAGGAGCUCACAAACACCAGUUAGUGUCAAAGAGAGAAAGAAAUGGAGCCUCUGUGAUGAUGAUGUGUUGAUCAGUGCGUGGCUCAAUACUUCUAAAGAUAACAUUGUCGGGAAUCAACAGAAGGGAGGAAGUUUUUGGCAUAGGGUAGCCCAAUAUUAUGCUGCUUCUCCACGUUCGACAAAGAGUGAUCAAGAAGGCCUCAAUGUCAACUGUAAGCAGAGGUGGCACAAAAUCAACGAGUUCACAAACAAGUUUUGUUGUUCAUAUGCUACUGAAGAGAGGCAAAACAGUAGUGGUCAUUCAGACAAUGGUGUCCUCAAAGUCGCCCAUGCCAUUUACUAUUCAGACUACAAAACCAGAUUUAAUUUAGAACAUUGCUGGUGUCUACUAAGGUAUGAACAGAAGUGGAUAAAUCUGAAUACAAUCAACUCCGGUACACCUACAGGCAGAACCAAAAGGAAACCAACUGAAGAGGGAUCACAAACUGCAACCAGCAUUGAAGAAGAAUGUGAGGUGAGGCCUGAAGGUGUAAAAGCUGCAAAAGGAAAAAGAACUAAUGCUCAAGGGAAGGCUCUUAUAGAGUAUAAGAGUAUGUGGGAAAUAAAAAAGGAAGAAAUGGCUGAGACAGAGAAGCUUCAAAAGCUUGCCAUACUUGACACAAUUCUGGCAAAGAAGGACCCUUUAAGUUCAGCAGAUGAACUUAUAAAAAGUAGGAUAGUUGCUCAAUAUUUCUGA